AUGGCAAACUAUGAUCCGGCAGUGAUCCGGGAGCAGAUUGCGCUGCAGAUGCAGAUCUAUGCGCUGAACAACGGCGGGAUGGCCUCGGACGCGACGUCGCUCUCGCUCUCGCCGUCGUCGACGCCGUUCCCUGGGCCGAACUACAACCCGUGGCCGUUUUUGCAGAGCACGCGCGGCUUUGGGCCGCAUGGGCGCAUGCGCUCUGCGGAAGCGGAGGCAGAAAUCGCGAGUAUGCGGUCGAGCCCGAGCCACGAGCCGCUGCCGCUGCCUGAUUCGGCGCCGGUGCUGAGGCAUCGGGGUUUGAAGAGGCGGGAGCGCUCGGUCAACUUGCGCGUGCAGGGUGCAGGCGGAGUCGCGGGCAAGGUGCGGCAAAAGAUUCGGCCGCCCCCUCGGGUGGAGAGCACCCAGCCGCGUGAGACUAGCCCAGAGCUGUCGUCUGGUGAGGAGACUGCGGGAGAGGCGAAGACGACGACUACGAUGGGCACGGCAGACGACCGGGAUGUGGACGAGGGUGCUCAGUGGGCAACAGAGGAGGGGAGCGAAGAUACGGGAGAGUGGGUGGAUGAGGAUGAGAUGGAAGAGGAGGGCGAGGGCGACGACCUGUUGCAAUUGGAAUACCAUACCGACUAUGUUACCAAUCCCGAUAAGCGAAGGAGGAGGUGGAAGUCUCACUGGGGUACACUCGUGCGCGCGUUCCAGGCCCUCGAUCGUGAGACGGACACGACACUCGUGUUGCUCGCCGCGCCAUCGCACUCGAGCAAGCUGCACUCCGUCACAUCCCGCGCCCUGCGCCGCGACUCGUCUCUCGCGCGCUCCGCUGAAAUGUCGAAUCUGCGCGGCGCGUUUUCCCAGCUUGCCUCGCGCCGGACCGCCGCGCGCGUGCGUUCGCAGUCGCAAGUGACGUCGCUCGUCGAGCGGCUGUCACUUGCCUCCUCCUCACGCGACGGGUCGCCGGCGAGCAAUGAGUCGAAGGAGGAAGACCUGCGGCGCGCCCUUGACGCCGCGCUCGGGAGCCUGUCCGCGCUCGGGGGCAUCUACGAACAGCGGGAGGUACGGUGGGUUGAGGAGAUGCGGAGGCUCGACGAGGACCGGCUUAGGGUUCAGUUGCUAUUAUCUCAGGUGCUGGGCGUGGGGUCGACGGAUGGCCCGUAUGGGCAUUUAGGGAACGGCGUGGUGUGA